AUGGAGCCUGGGGACUCAAAUACGGCUACUAAUACUAGAGCCCAUGAAGCAUCUGAAGCACCCACUAUUAUUCAGCAGGCGCCUCCAGCUCAGCCUGGUUUGGCAAACUAUUGCUUUUUAAUGACGUUGAUUGGUCAUACACAGACUGUUACGUCAUUGAAGUUUUCGCCUUGCGGUGUUUAUUUGGCCUCAGCUUCCGUAGAUGCGACUAUCUAUAUGUGGUCUGUAAAGUACGGGAAACUUACGCAGACGUUGAAUGGACACAAGAAUAGCAUAAACGAUAUUGCAUGGAGUCCCAACUCGCUUUUCCUUGCCUCUGUGUUAGACGAUAAAACAGUGAAAAUUUGGGAGGUGGAGUGCAUCAAAACACUUGAGGGGCACACUAGUUACGUCUUUUGUUGCACAUACAAUCUUCAGCGCGAUGAUGGCUUUGGGAUCGCUCGACGGGAUUGUGACCAUUUGGGAUCCGGACAGAGGACUCUGCAAAGAGAUCCUGCAUGCUCACUCCAAGCAUGUUUCAGCGGUGGCGUUCGAUCAUAUCGGAUUAGUGUUGUGUUCGAGCUCGUGUGA